CACAACUUUGCACCUCGUUUGAACUUUUCACUCUCGCGGGUUAAGAUGCGUUGAAGUCCAGAGGAUUUUUCCCGGGUGUAGUCGCGUUUUAUGUGUGGUUACAUCAGCACUGCAGAGUGUGUGUGUGUGCGCGCGCCUGCCUGCAGGGUACCGUCAGCCAUGCCUGUGACAUCUCAGCUGCUCAGGGCUUUGCCUCGCUCCAAGGUCUUGGCCUCCAGUCUGUUACCAUGCCAACAACACCAGUCCCAGUUUGGGCCUGUAGCUCACCUACCUGCCUCAAGAAAGUCGGCUCACAUGUGGCAACGACGCCAGCCAUCAAGAAGUUACCAGACAUCCUCAGUUCUCCACAGCUACAUCCUCACCCCUCCGCAGGUCAACUCCAUUCUCAAAGCCAACGAGUACAGCUUUAAGGUGCCAGAGUUUGAUGGGAAAAAUGUGUCUUCGGUGAUGGGUUUCGAAAGUAAUCAGCUGCCAGCCAACGCUCCCAUCGAAGAUCGCCGCAGCGCAGCCACGUGCCUGCAGACACGAGGGAUGCUGCUCGGCGUGUUCGACGGCCACGCUGGCUGCGCCUGUGCACAGGUAACUCCCAUGCCGGCUUCAGUUACUACACUUGAAUGUUUCCUGACUUACAGUUGUGGUUUUAAGUGUAAAUACAUUCAUCAUGGGCAUGAAUCUCAUUGUGAUUUUGGUCUUUUAAUGAUUUCUUUCGGUAGAUUAUAUAUACAAUUAUAUGACUCUCGGCAGGUGAUUGGCUCUGAUGGCCUUUGGGAGACCCUCCACAGGCAGGAAGUGAUUCGUAUCGUCGGGGAGUAUUUGACUGGGGUCCACCAGCAUCAGCCGCUCAAAGUCGGAGGAUACAGGGUGACCUUGGGACAAAUGCAGGGGCUGCUCGAGGAGCGAAAGGCUCGUGCGUCCUCAGCAUUCGAAGAUCAGAACGCCGCCACCCACCUGAUGCGCCACGCGGUGGGAAACAACGAGUUUGGCACAGUGGACCACGAGAGGCUGUCAAAGAUGCUGUCACUGCCCGAGGAGCUGGCUCGCAUGUACCGCGAUGACAUCACCAUCAUCAUCACGCAGUUUAACCCUCAUGUGAUUGGAGCACAGAGACAGGAAGGCCAGUCAUGAGCUGCUCAUUAGCCAUGUAACUCUGAUCACACACACACACACAGCAGAUCUGUAUCUAAGCACACCGAGGACAAACCGGCCAUAUUCAGUAUCUGUCCACCGUUAAAUAUGAUUGUUUUAACACUAUAUAAAGAGUGUAUUUGUUUGUAUGCAGUGCUGCGGUUUCUUAUGAAGAUGUCAGCUAAAAACUGGAUGACGUUUCUUAUAACAUGUUAUUUAUGCUGCCGCUCGUUGCCAUUUUCAUGUACACUUCUCUUUUAAUAAGACACUGUUACAAACUGAAAAUCUAGAAACUUCCAAAAAGGGUAAAGGACGUGGGAGUGGCUUAAAAAGAAAAGAGGUUUUUAGCAACAGGGCUGACUCCACCUGUUGUUCUAUUAUGGAUUUUAAAUAGGCUGUGCCCCGACUGCAGCGUGCUCUCGUUUUCGGCUACAAGCAGGAUGCAGUCAUAUUCUCUUUGUAGUUUGUUUCUGAGGGACUGUUGUUACGACCUUGGCUGAUUCAUCGAUUUGUUUUUACCCUGUGACAUUGUAUGAGAUGUUCUUAGUGAAUCUAAACACAGAUGCUUUGUUCUGCAUUUACAGUGAGAUCUACUCCACUGAUUUCAGAGUGUUAAGGUGUUCACAUUGAUGUCCACAUCCAAUGUGGAGGUAAAUACUCUAGAAUGUAGGCUACAAGCCAACUCUUAAACUCAUACGGCUCAAAAUAAAGUUGAGGGCUCACAGUUUAAGUUAGAGAGAAGUCAUUCUGUUACACAGAGGAACUAGGGAGGGAGGAGUUGUGGUUUGAGUGCUCGCUGCUCGCAUUAAAGGCUUAACUUGGGAAGAAGAGACGUUUUUUCAUCCUUAAGGUCACAAACUGGAGACGUCAGGAACUGGUGACAUAAGUGAUCGUUUUCACUUUGAAUCCAGUGUACUUUCACACAGAGCAAUGACAAAAGCACCUCAAUGAAGAUCUGAGCUGCACGUGUAUGAGUGCACUGAUAUUUACCCGUCUGCUAACAGAUUGAGUUAUUCUCCAUAUGUAACGCUGCUUUGUAUCCCUGAUACUAGAGGAUCAAAGUCAGACUUCCUGUUAAUGAGCACCUUAAUGCACACACUGACCUUGUUCGUUUUUCUUUUUUGACCUUUAGUUUCUUUUCCAAAUAUUGAAGGGUUAAAAACCAUAUAUAUAUAUAUAUAUAUAUAUAUAUAUAUAUGACAGGUCAUUUAUAGUGUAACAGGUUGUUACAGAUUGGAAGUUUAUCAUUCAUGUGAUUAAUAAGAAUCAAAGCAGCAAACCAACCCCUCCUGUUACUUAGAAAUCAGGGUUGUGGUUGUUGAAUAAGCAGAAUGUACAUUUGAAAGAAGCUGUUUGAAUAGUAAAUAUUAUUUAUUCAGCUUUUGGAGUAUGUGACACAUCAUUUCUGUUGUAUGUAUAAAUUUUAACUUAUGUGUGUUGAGUUUUGUAUAUGGAAUGCUUUAAUAAAACGCCAAAUACAGAAA